GUGAAAACUAAAAUAAAUUAAUUUCCAAUGUCAAUUAUAAUCUAACAUCCCCAGUGCGUACGUAUAAAAGGCGUUCAUGUCCUCACAUUUAUCCAUAGCCUGCUGAAGGUAUUAACCAGAAACUUGAACGGUUGCUGAAGUAUAAGGUAUGUUUUAUAUAAACAGUUUAAUUAUGUAGCCUAAUUUGUGUGUUUUAUAUAGAUGGUUUUUAUUUAUAUUGUGCAAGCAUUGUAUUGACAGGAACGAUCCCAUGAAAUGAACUAAUUUGUCAUCACUUAUCGAAACACAUUAUAGUGAACAAUUUAGUCACUCUGCAUGACCACCUGCAGUGCUGCACUGUGUCCCAAACCAGCGUGUCGAAGCUACUCUUUAUUUAAUAAUGACUACAUUAGAGUCAUUGCUUGUUGUACAAUCUAUAAGUUUUAUAUGUAUAGCAUAUGCGGUUUCUCUUACUUUUUUAUUCUUAUACAUCAUUUAUUUUUUCGCAGGAUUGAGAUGUUUAAUCGCUUGUUAUUAGCAACCACUCUAGUUCUAGCAGGUAAACUGACAUUAUUUUUACGAUAGUUAAAUUCAACAUAUACAGGAUGCUAAAUUCAGUAAACUGUUGUACAGCAUAGUUUAUGCGAAAUAUUUAUUCUCUUACAUUGAAUACUGCUAUUUUUGCCUAUAUUUCAAAAAUUAAUAUUUACACCGGAAUUAUAUUCAUUUACCAGAAAUAUUUAUAUUCGAACUAGCUUAAACGCCAAUAUUCAAUAUACCCCCUAUACUAAUGAGCUUAAUUAAGGAAUCGUACAAAGAGCUGAGAUCAUUAAUAUUGCUAGCACAAAGUACGUUAUACUUGCUAUUAAUAUAAUUAUAUAAAUAUAAUAUCUUCUUCAUCAAAAUAACAUGGUUCCAAUGAUAAUGUUUCCAAUUUUAUUGUUUAGUGUGGAUCUCUGUGACGACUGCAGCGAACGAGACGUGCAAAAAUGGAGGGAUUGCGGGCGGGUCCUAUCACCAAGUUUGUACUUGUGGUUCCGGCUUCAAGGGAUAUGACUGCAGUCAGAGAGGUAAGCGGUUUAAGGUAUCAGAGUAACGAUUCAGUCAAGCCCUGGUCAAACGAGGAUGAGAGUUGAUGAUGGAGAUUUCGAGCUCUAGAGUGUUCCAACUACACACGUAAAAGCGCACAAGCUGUAACAAACCUGUAGCAGACUUGUAGCAAUGCUGUUGCAACAACUUGUCAACAGGAUGUGUUCGCACUGCUUGUUCCCAGCUUGUUGACAAGUUGUCAACGGCUUCUUGACAACUCUUGCUACAAGGUUGUUGAGCUCAACAGAUUUGUUACAAGUUGUUCCAACAACUUCAUAUCAUCCUGCAAUUCGACAAUUUGUCAACAAGCCGGUGAGUGACAACCUUUUAGCAACUUGAUAAAAUAACAGUAUUGUAACUAUUGUUACAACUUGUUGACAAGUUUGCUACAAGCCUGUUGCGAACACAUCUUGUUGACAAGUUGUGAGAUUUUUACAGUUUUGAGAGAGACACACUUUAGGAAUAAUUUUAGUACUACAUGCACUCUAGUUGAUAUAGAAACCUAUUUAGGAAACAAUAUAUAGAUAAUAAGUGAAUUUUCUUUAUGCCUCUAGUGAGACCUUGUGAAGCACGUCCUUGUAGAAAUGGAGGAAAGUGUUCAGAAAACAGAGAUGGAACUUUCACAUGUACUUGUACAGCUAUUCACAAAGGCAUCUUGUGUGAACAAAGAGGUUAGAUAUUCAAAUAUUUAUUUUAUUACCCAUUUAAUGGCGUUUAUACAUAGUUGCUCCCAAGUCACCAUAAUUACCAGAGGCUCGUGUCACACGUGCUCGACGUCGACAACUAAGGCCCGCUAAGAGUUUCGUGAGCCAGAAGGAAUAUCUGGAAUUGAAGACCCUCGAAAAACAGGAGAAAAUUAACCAAACAACUUUUAUUUUGAGCACAAGGUAGUCAGCCGGUCACCCAACCUAAAUUUUGUUUCAGCAAGUUCAACCAAUGUUACCAAGAGUUUAUAAUGGCUCCCUAAAGUUGUGUUAAACAACGCAUGACCUCAAUUUACCCCACAUUGGUCUUAGGUCAGUGUUGGGUCAAUUGAAGCCUGUUGACACUUCAAGACAAACUACUUCAGCCGAGUCCUAUAGCUGCAGUCCAGAUAUAAGUUUCUAGUUUACAACAGAAAUCCUAACAGAAUCUUUUCUUCCAGUUACACCAUGUGACAGUGGACCCUGCAAAAAUGGAGGAAAUUGUACUGAUGAUGGAGUAAAAUGUUUCAAAUGUGAAUGUCUUUCUGGUUUCAAAGGAUCUGACUGUUCUGAAAUUGGUAAGAUAUACAGACCUAGCUGAGGAAGAACGAAUUAUAUUAAUAUGUUUCGUUUACAUGGCUAGAAAUACCAUUAUAGCCCUGUGAAGUUCACAAAUUUUGUAUACCGUAAACCUCCGAAUAUAAGCCCCCCCCCCCGUGUAUAAGCCCAAGCCGGUUUUCCACUUCGCCCGUAUCGUACACCACAUGUACUAACGCUCACCUCAUUCCAAAUACAAGCCCCCCCCCCCGAAUAUAAGCCCAGCCACCCGAAUAUAAACACACUUGUCUUGUUUAUUACUAUUGUUUAUCAUUAUUGUUUAUCACUAUUACCACUAUUAAUCACUAUUAUUACUAUGCUUAACACUUGUUUAUCAUUACUAUACUUGUUUAUCACUAUUACACUAACACAAAAGAUCGCCCAUAUAUAACCCUCCCCCCCGGAUAUAAGCUCGCACCCCUUGUAUAAGCCCAUCAAAAAUCGCUUACGAAAGAAUAUAAGCCCAGGGCUUAUAGUCGGAGGUUUACGGGUAUUUGUAUUACGCGCGGGAAAAAUAACUAUUUUUGAGUAUUGUACUGAUGAGGCCAAGAUAUCGAUACAGAGGAUACUGCAAGGUCUUUUAAUUUGGAACUAUUAUAUUCCAUAUUGUAUUAUGAUAAAUGUACUUAUACUGGAGAUGAAAUAUGGAUAACUACCCAGUGCGCUCUUGUUUUGAAUACUAUUUUGAAUAUUCUUUUAGUUCAACCGUGCGAAAUUAAACCCUGUAAAAACAAUGGUAUUUGUGUUAAUGAAGAAGAAGGAAGGUUUACAUGCAAGUGUAGGGAGGGAUAUGGAGGAAUAUUUUGUGAUAGGAGAGGUAAGUUUGCUUCAGUUGUGUGGUUUGUACAACACCUACAUAGCAUAACACCAGGGGCGUAAUACGGUACUAGCCUCAAACAAGUAAGGGGAGGUGUGCAUUCAUUUCAUGAUAAUUUGAAAGACACAGAUUCAGUGGUGUAUUUUAUGUCAUGCAUGAUGAAAAACAUUAAAAGGUUACGCCCUCCCCCCGUUUCUCCUCACAUUUGAAAGAAUGGGACGGUGGGGGGGGGGGUCCAGAACCAAGUCCCUUGUAGCUACGCCUCUGCAUAUAACAGUUAAUAUUGAAUAUUCUAUCCACUCUUGAUCGAAUGAUCGGAAAGUCUCAUUCCAUUGUCUUUUCAUUGUUUCAAAAAUCCAUUAAAUCCUACUAUUUCUACAUACUAUCCAUUAACUCAUUGUUCUGAAUUAUUUCGCAUUUAUCCAUGGAGCUAUAGAUUCCGAAUUACUUUGAUGCACAUGUAACAACAAGAAGAAGAUCCUACUGUAUUUAAGUUGUAUAUAGCUAAGUUAUUUCCGUCGGGAACCUGGACCAUAUUAUCUCAUUUUCCGCACUCAAGCAAAUUCGGGAAUGGGAUUGGUAUUCCUAAAAAAAAAAAGUUGAUUCCAAAAACACUCGGAACGCCAUCUUCGUGCAGUCAGUAAUCAACAAUAUCGUUUCGACUUUAUUUAAACUCAAUGACUCUGAGAUAAAUAUCACAUCCCAUUUCGUGUUUUGUGUUUAUUAUGAACAACUCACGUGAGUUUACAAGAUGGCAUUCUUCGCAGUUUUUUGUGAUGUUAAGUAGGACAAUUUGACGCUUGUUCUUCGUUACAGAUGAUCUGUAUGGCUCCAAAAUUUUGAAUAAAACAUACAUUAUUCAGUUAAAGAAAUGGCUUGGUGGCUUAAAGUCGUGGAGGUUAUGUUACCGUGCUACUGAUGUUGGUUUUGCAGCAUCUACUUUCCAUACUCGAUGUGAUCAUAAGCACCCAACUGUCACCAUCAUCCGUUCUGGAUCCUAUAUCUUUGGCGCAUAUAGCGAUGUUGCUUUUGGAGGUUAGUUUAAAGAGCAGUCUGGCUCAUUGGCAGAAUUACUCAACGACAGAAUUAUUAAUACAAGAAAUGCCUAUUAUAGUAAAAAAUAUUCGUUUGUAAUUGUAUUUCAAUCUUCUUAUUAAGGUUUACGAAUUGUACACAAUUUAUGUCUACAAAAGAUUUAGAUCGAUGGAAUGCGUGUAUGCUGACCAUUGCCUUAUAAUUAAUAUUUUGCAGAAUUAUAGUCUUCAAGCAAUGAAACGUUUAAAAUUAUGUAUCAAACUUCUUCACAGAAUUUUUCCAGAUCUUGGAAAAUUUUUAAAGUUUAGCCUAUAUUGAAAACAAUUAUUGCAUGGGCAACCAUCCUCUUGGAUUGUUUUUCGAAUAAAAUCGAUGAAAAUCCUUCCAGUCGAUUUAGAAACAUUUUCAAUUCAAUAAACUCUUAACUCGAGUUUUAACUGUCUUAGUGUCACUGUGUCAGACUCAAAUAGUUAAUUAAUAUUUCAAAAAUAUUUAUAUAUGAAUCUGUUUUUAACCUUUUUUGUCAUUUUAUUUUAGGUUCGACAGGUUACAGAGCCAGUUCCAAAGCAUUUAUCUUCUCCUUCGUGAAUAAAGACAACCUCCCGCCCUUCAAAUCCCCUGUCUACAGGUAUAUUUCAAAUGCUGUAUACACUAAUGCUGGUUACGGUCCUACAUUCGGCGGUGGCCAUGAUAUUUAUAUUUCAAAUAACGCCAAUACAGGUACUAGUUCCUACACAAACCUUGGCCAUACCUAUCAACCACCAAGGGGAUAUUCAUACGCCACAGUCAGGGUGAGGAAUCUUCUCGCUGGCACAUAUAAAUUCAGACCUAAUGAGGUUGAAACAUUUUACGUAAACGGCUUGCGUCUUCAGUAAUGAGUACCAUGAAUAUUUCAUUAUCAGUCCAUUAAUGUGCUUCACUAUCAGUCAAUUUGCUGUAUUUAGUUAUAUUUAUUUAAUUAAUUUGAAUGAAUAAUAAAUAUUACUCGGAUAAAGUGUCUUCAGUUUUCACUAAUCACCAG